CUCAAGCACGCAGCACGCUGCACCUCCCCAUUCCUCCUCUUAUAAACAUGGCUGAACUGAACACGGACGGUGAAUUAUAGGACUGAAUCCGUCUGCUGCAGCACCACCACAGGACUCACACUCUCUCUCUCUCUCACACACACACACACACACACACACUGUUGAUUCAGACAAGAAGACUGAACAUGACGUAAAUGUUUACAGCAGGAAACUAAAGCAGCAAAACUUUGAGUUUGACAGCCGCUAACGAAGAGACUUCAGCGGGACAGACCACAUCCAGCUGAGAUACUACUGCAAGCGAAGCACAGACUUAAUACUGCUUUUGCGUUUAUGGAAACUAUGUUUUUAAACACACCGUCUACUGAAGAAACCCUGGAUGUAAUGCUUUGAUGUAGCCCGAAACAGUUUUAAGAGUUUAGGCUGCUCUUAUAUGGAUUUACAGUUCGCGUUUUUGUCAUAUCGUCCCGUUUAAAUGAUGUUCUCCGGUAAACAAACGAAGCCGACUUUUAAGUCUUAUCUUCCUCCACUUCAGACUGAUUUGAAGAAAAGUCCUCAACUGCCCAUCAAGAAACUAGAAGCGAAACUUCUACCAGGUGAAAUAGUUGUGAACGAGGCAAACUUUGUAAGGAAGUGCAUCGGAGCAGAAAGCUGUCAGGAUGACCUCUGGGGGAAACUUGUGUGUACUAACUUCAAAGUUUCCUUCAUUGCCCAUAAUUCCUUGCCACGACAGAGAUUCCAGUGCACCCACCGCCUCUUGGGAUCAUUCCGCUUUGAUGAAGCCGGACCCGAGAGUGCUAAAAAGGUUUGUCUGGCCAUCGCUCAUUACUCCCACCCUGCUGACCCACAGCUACUCUUUGGCUUUGAAUACGUCGGAAAGCGAUAUCAUGGAUCAACAGGUGAGCGGGUGAACGGUGUUGACCCUGGCGGGGGGCUGCAGACCCCCCUGUUCGACUGCUCCUCAGACUGGGACAGAGAGAUCAAGCGUACUGGUGCCUCCGAAUGGAGGGUGUGUACCAUAAAUCAAGGCUAUUUCAUCUCGCCCAGUCUCCCAGAGUUCUUUGUGGUUCCAGUAUCUCUAGCAGAUCAGGAUCUGAAGCAGUACGCCUGCUGCUUUUACUCCCAGCGCAUCCCGUUGUGGUGCUGGAAUCACUCCAGUGGGAGCGCUUUGGUCCGCAUGUCUAACAUCAGUGACCUGCAGCAACAGAGGAAGGUGGAGCAGCGGAUUUGCAGUGCCAUCACUAAGAGCCACCCCCUCCGCAGUGAUGUCUUCAAGUUGGAUUUGGACAAAAACCUCCCAAACAUCCAGGAUAUUCAGGCUGCUCUGCUGAAACUGAGGCAGAUUUGUGUUAUAGGUAAUCAAAAGCCUGCUGGAGAAAGGGAUGAUUGCGGUACACACUCGUAUGUCUGUUUGCCUCUUUCUCUCUCAUCUCUUCAGGAUUUUGCAAGCAGUAAGAGUAUUCACCUGGGGCAGGACCAGGCUCUGCGCUUUCCUCCAGUAUGGGACUGGUCUCAACAGUUCAGUCUUAAAGACCAGACUCUCUUUAAUAAUCCCCUGUACGUGGGCAAGAUCGCCACCUGUGUGCAGAAUGGCACAGUGAAGACAUUCACACACAGGCGCAGCAAGAAAAACUACAGCUCCACGCUGCGGGGUCUGCCCUCUGCUUUGCGAAACGGCUCGCUCGGACCGAACGACACCCUGGCACGCCGGAACUCCCUCGUGCUACGUCUCCGUUCUGAUUUGUCUCAGGUGCGGGAGCAGCAGGAGACCCCAUCAGAACGCUUCGUUCGGGACUUUUUCUCUCGUCCUGUCGACCUACAGGGCCUGCUGCUCCCCCAGCUCCUCCCAUCUCACCUCUCUGUCUGGAAGCUCUACUUCCUGCGCUGGGUUCCCGAGGCACAGAUUCCUCAGGGCGGCCCCAUCACCGCCUUCCACAAGCUCUCAGUGCUCACAGACGAGAUUGAAAUGCUCCAGAACCAGUUGAGGCAGUACCAAGGAGCAGCGGGUACUCCUAACAACCUGCACGCGGAGCACAGCAAAAUGUACUUUAAGGCGACUCCGACUCCUCACCAGUCCCCUGCUCCUCCAGAGUACCUCAGCUCCUCGUUCCCUUUCUCUCCCGUGGGCAACCUGUGUCGCCCCGGCAUCCUGGGGACUCCUCUUAGCAAGCUACUCAACGGAGCCAAGAUCUGGCUCUCUACGGAGACACUGGCUAAUGAGACGAUUUGAGGGCAGGAAGAUCUUUUCACUUGUAUUUAGGUCUCAUUUGGAAUGUGCAGGCUUGUGGUACUGACAGUUACCUGGACAUUUUUAUUCAGUCUGUUGAGCGUUGUCAGUCAAUGAGGGUUUGUUUUUGCACAUGAUUGAAUAUAAAGCUCCAAUCGCACAUCUUUCUGACUUAGGAUUGUUUGGAUCAGUUGUACACUGCCUGUGUGGACUUUUCCCCUGGUGUUAAAAGAUUUGGUGGAUUUUUGUGUGGAGCUUGUGGCAUUAGUUGGAAAGGAAGUAGAACUGGUAACACUUUAUAUUAAGGUUCAAUUUGUUAACAUUAGGUAAUGCAUUAGGGAUCAUGAACUAACAAUAAACUAUUUUUACAGCUAAUAUUACAUUUCCAUGUGAAUACACACUACCAUUCAGAGGUUUAGGGUCAGUAAGUUUUCUAUUUUAAUGUUUACUCU